AUAGAUUCAUACUAGAUUUUCUGACAUUUGACAAUUCGACCAGCAAAAUCUAAAUCAAAUAGUUGACCGACGUUGUUUAAGCCGUUAAAAAUAAUAAAAAUAGCAAAUAAAACAAUCGGUGAAAAUGCCUUUGACGAACGCAGAAAGAAGAAAAAAAUAUGUCGAAAAAUUGAAGGCAAACGGUGAAUACGAAUCGUUCAAACAAAAAAAGGCUGCUAGUGAGAAGGCGAGACGCGAUAGGCUGAAAAUUGGAUUGGACAAGCUUCCGAAAGCCGAACGUGAGAAGGUGAAACGAGUAAAUCGAACUUACAUGCGAAAGAAGGUUGCUGAAUAUCGACAACGAAAAAAAGGUUUGCCGGUUGAGAAAACUGGUACAUCGUCGAAUGCAUCGAAUUUAUCGGAAGGUCAAUCGGAAGCUGGGUACAAAACGACGAGUGCUCUGCACAAGGCCGUUGCAAAGUUAAAACGAGCACUACCGUCAACGAGCGGUAAGAAGAAAGAGGCAGUUUCAAAACUUCUGCUGACAUUCGAUGAGAAUGAUCAAAGCGACAUUGCAAGACGAGUAAGCGGAGUCAAGACGCGACCCACAAGAGCGCUUAGCUCUGGCAUAACCGAUUCAGUAAUAUCAUUCUACGAGAGGGAUGACGUUAGCCGAAUGUCACCCAACAUGCGAGAUUGCCGGAAAUUUGUUGAUCCGAAGACUGGUGUCAAGGAAGAAAAGCAAAUUCGUUAUCUGAUGUACAAGCUGAGUGAUGUCUAUGAUAUGUUUGUACGACAUUUUCAAAACGGUGAUGAUACGAUGGAAGUACCUUUAAAAUUGACAAAAUUCACCGAACUCCGACCAAAUCACGUAAAAUUGGUUAACCAAACGCCGCUUGAAACCUGUUUUUGUAUUCACCACUCAAAUUUCAUUAUGUGUUGUCAAGCACUGAAUCGUUAUUUGCCAGAGUUUCCCCAAAAUGGUCCUGAACUUGAACGUUUGCUCAUUUGCGACAAACCGAAGAAAAACUGCUGGCUACGUUCCUGUUCGGUGUGUUCCGACUCUCAGAUUCGAAAAUUAAUUGAAGACAUCGUCAAACGUUCAGGAGUCAGAUUGAAAAGUCAAGCGAAGUGGACGCAGUGGCGGAAAAAUGACGAAACAAAUCGGUUCCAAAAAUACGUAAUACCGGGAAAAUUGAGUGAUCUACAAAGCUACUUUAUGAAUAUUAUGCCCGAAUUCCUUAAGCAUACAUACACGAAACGAAGUCAGGCAGCAACGUUCGAGAAAGACACUCAAGAAGUCCGAAAAUCAAAAGGAAGGAUUGCUCUUAUCCAGAUUGAUUUUGCCGAAUGCUUCAACUGCGAAGCCCAAGAGGAGGUGCAAUCGGCGCAUUGGAACCAAGCCACCGUGUGAUAACUAUUUUGCUCUUCGUUUUUAAUUUUAAAAUUCAGACGCACACAGCGCUAUUGAAGUAGUGAAUCUAUUAGCCCAUUGUUGGCUUGAAAAUACAAAGUCAACUGACAAAAAAUCAUUUUUAGCUUUUAAAAUUUGGCUGGACAAUUCAGAAAUUGAAUCUAAAUUUUUAAUAUUUCUCCAUUUUUGAAUGUUGCGUGUGUGCCACUG